UCAAAGAGAGCUCAGACUGCGCCCACGGCCCACCGACGAGACUUCUCACGGGCGGGCGAGGGGAGAGAGCGCGCGACCGGAAGAUGAAAAUCCUGGAGGGCCCAAACUGUGGCACGGAAGGAGGACCUGUGCGCAUGCUCGGCGGGCAUCGGCGCAGGAGAAAGCGCGCGCGGGAGGCCCCGAGCGGCGGGCCCCGUCUUGUCGCCCCGCCCUUGCGCCCGGUGCGCCCCGCCCAGGGAGCGUGCGCAGACGUCGCAGGACGGAGGGCCGCGGGGAGCGACUCGCGGCGCCUGCGCAGAGCGGCGGCUUCUCUCGCGAGGACGGACGCCAUUAUCGCAUCUCCCCGACAAACACCACGAGAAUUCCGCAGCCCACACGGCGACAGAAACGCAGUCCUGUGGGAGUCUGAGUCCUACCCGCUGCCCGGCCGCGCCCCUGUCCUCCGGAUGAUGUCAGAGCAGGACCUGGCGGAUGUGGUGCAGAUCGCUGUGGAGGACCUGGGUCCCGACCACCCAGUUGUGCUGGAGAAUCAUGUGGUGACAGACGAAGAUGAACCAGCUUUGAAACGCCAGCGACUGGAGAUCAAUUGCCAGGACCCCUCGAUAAAGUCAUUCCUGUGCUCCAUUAACCAGACCAUCUGCCUGCGCUUGGACAGCAUCGAGGCCAAGCUGCAGGCUCUGGAGGCCACGUGUAAGUCUUUAGAAGAAAAGCUGGACCUGGUCACGAGCAAGCAGCACAGCCCCAUCCAGGUCCCCAUGGUGGCGGGCUCCCCUCUUGGCGCAACGCAGACGUGCAACAAAGUGCGAUGCGUCGUCCCCCAGACCACAGUAAUACUCAACAACGACCGGCAGAACGCCAUUGUAGCCAAGAUGGACGACCCCUUGAGCAGCAGGGCACCGGAUUCCCUGGAAAAUAUCAUUAGCAACGCGGUCCCCGGGCGUCGGCAGAACACCAUCGUGGUGAAGGUGCCGGGCCAGGAGGACGGCCACAACGAGGACGGGGAGAGCGGGUCCGAGGCCAGUGACUCUGUCUCCAACUGCGGCCAGUCGGGGAGUCAGAACAUCGGAAGCAACGUCACGCUCAUCACCCUGAACUCGGAAGAGGACUACCCCAAUGGCACGUGGCUGGGGGACGAGAACAACCCCGAGAUGCGAGUGCGCUGUGCCAUCAUCCCCUCUGACAUGCUGCACAUCAGCGCCAACUGCCGCACCGCGGAGAAGAUGGCGCUCACGCUGCUGGACUACCUCUUCCACCGGGAGGUGCAGGCCGUGUCCAACCUGUCGGGCCAGGGCAAGCACGGCAAGAAGCAGCUCGACCCCCUCACCAUCUACGGGAUCCGCUGUCACCUGUUCUAUAAGUUUGGGAUCACGGAGUCUGACUGGUACCGAAUCAAACAGAGCAUUGACUCCAAAUGCCGAACAGCCUGGCGGCGGAAACAGCGAGGCCAGAGCCUGGCGGUCAAGAGCUUCUCAAGGAGAACUCCAUCCUCGUCCUCCUACAGCGCCUCAGAAACCCUGAUGGGCACGCCACCCCCCACCAGCGAGAUGCCGCAGCCCCCGCCGCAGGCCCUGCACUACGCCCUGGCCAACGCCCAGCAGGUCCAGAUCCACCAGAUCGGAGAGGACGGCCAGGUCCAAGUAAUCCCACAGGGCCACCUCCACAUCGCCCAGGUGCCUCAAGGGGAGCAGGUGCAGAUCACGCAGGACAGCGAGGGCAAUCUGCAGAUACACCACGUGGGACAGGAUGGGCAGGUGCUGCAGGGAGCCCAGCUCAUAGCCGUCGCCUCUUCAGACGCUGCCACCGCCGGGGUGGAUGGGUCGCCGCUCCAGGGCAGUGACAUCCAGGUCCAGUAUGUGCAGCUGGCUCCAGUGACCGACCACAGCGCCGCAGCUCAGACAGCCGAGGCCCUGCCGCCCGACAUGCAGCUCGAGCAUGGGGCCAUCCAGAUCCAGUGAGGCCGGACGCCGCCUGGCCUCGACAGGACCUGAGACCGUGCCGCGGCUCCCUCAGCCCCGGCCCGGCCCCGCCCUGCUCUCCGUGCACCCCGGCCCCAUGGUGACCGCGCGUGCUGUGUUGAAGGGCACCCGAAAGCCUCGUCCGCAGGAGGAAGCGCCUCAGUAAAUAAAGGGUGAUGCUCAUGAAGCGCCGCCCCUGCCAGAAGACCCCUUUCUUUUGAGUCGCUCCGUUGGUGUCUAGUGGGGAGCACGGUGUGGAUCGCAUUAAGCACACGCGCAAACCAAGAACUGCAGUAUUUUUCUCUGUCCAAACUGCUUUUUUAAUUUGCUAUGGUGUUUAUAACAAAAAAGAAAAUCGAAAAAAAAGUGGAGUAGCCAAAGCCUUUUGCUGUGUGCUCUGUUCGGUGUCACAAAAAUAGGUAUUUGCAAAAGACAACUAACGAUUUUGAUGGAAAUAUUGCUUACCUACUUUUCUAGGGGGAAAUGCUCUCAGCACUGUAAUUAUGCAUUUCUAAUGAAAUAAAAAGUAUUUAUG